UGGCGGGAUCCCUGCGGAGACUCGCAUCGGUUGAUUGCUGGAGGGUGGUGCACCCCGACGACAGGGACUGUACAUAUUACUCAAGGGACAACAAACAAUAUAGUCGCCUGGAUUAUGUCUUCCUAGCACAGGAAUUCCUGUCCCUCCUGAUCUCGGCCACCAUUGGAAUAAUGUGUGGCUCCGACCUUGCCCCGCUAACGGUAGACAUCCAAUCUCCCAUAUUCAAGCCACAAGAACAGUUGGAAGCUCAACUAGAACCUGCUAAAAGAUAUGGAAGAGUGAGGAUAAUACUCACACAUUACUUUGAAACCAACAAGAUGCCAGACAUGUCGGCGUUAAAAGUAUGGGAGGCUCAUAAGUGCGUCAUCCACGGCCAUUACAUUAGCACUUUCACACAACGCAAGAAGGAGCAGACCAGACAGAUCACGGACCUG